UUCCCGCGGCCCUCAUGGCGGAGGCGGCUCUGGACGCGGUGCGGAGGGCGUUGCAAGAGUUCCCGGCGGCGGCUCGCGACCUCAAUGUGCCUCGUGUUGUGCCCUACAUGGAGGAGCCUCCAAGUCCCCUCUGCUUCUACCGGGAUUGGGUGUGCCCCAAUAGGCCCUGCAUUAUCCGCAAUGCUCUGCAACACUGGCCAGCCCUCCGGAAGUGGUCUCUGCCCUACCUGAGAGCCACGGUGGGCUCCACCGAGGUGAGUGUGGCCGUGACCCCAGAUGGUUAUGCCGAUGCUGUCCGUGGGGACCGCUUUGUGAUGCCUGCCGAGCGCCGCCUCCCCGUAAGCCGCGUGCUCGAUGUGAUAGAGGGUCAGGCCCAGCACCCAGGGGUCCUCUACGUACAGAAACAGUGCUCCAACCUGCCCACUGAGCUGCCCCAGCUUCUGGCUGACAUUGAGUCCCAUGUGCCCUGGGCCUCCGAGUCACUGGGAAAGAUGCCCGAUGCUGUGAACUUCUGGCUGGGGGAGGCAGCUGCAGUGACCUCCUUGCACAAGGACCACUAUGAGAAUCUGUACUGUGUGGUCUCUGGCGAGAAACGCUUCUUGUUACACCCGCCCAGCGACCGGCCCUUCAUCCCCUACGGUCUAUACACACCAGCAACCUACCAGCUGACCGAAGAGGGCACUUUUAGGGUGGUGGAUGAGGAAGCCAUGGAGAAGGUGCCCUGGAUCCCGUUGGACCCCUUGGCUCCAGAUCUGGUGCGGUACCCUAGUUACAGCCGGGCCCGGGCCCUCCACUGCACAGUGCGUGCCGGCGAGCUGCUGUACCUGCCGGCUCUGUGGUUCCACCAUGUGCAGCAGUCCCACGGCUGCCUUGCUGUGAAUUUCUGGUAUGACAUGGAGUAUGACCUCAAGUAUAGUUACUUCCAGCUGAUGGACUCCCUUACUAGGGCCGCAGGCCUUGAAUAGUGGGACCCCCACAGACACUGCAGAGGACAGCGGCGGAGGGGGGAUUGAUUCUUGAGGCAGCCUGGAGUUUGACUACGCACUGGCUGCCGCCCAGGUUCCUGCCUGCGUUGAGAUCAUCCUUGAAGGAACUUGGAGGACCAGGAGAUGCCAGGCAGGUCUGGGUGAGGAUGCCCAGGAAGUUGCCACACAGGUGACGGGGUGAUCGGGUACAGCAGUCAUAACCUUGGCUGAGUCACUGCAUGGCAGCAUCAAUCCUCUGGCUGUAAAGUGGAUAAUAAUGGCUCUAGCUCCCAGGGCUGUUGUGGAAAGAGACAUGGGCCAACACAGAGGAAGCAGUCAAUAAAAGAUGCCGUCGA